AAUUUAAUUCAACAAUUUUUUUAAUAUUACUGUUGUUUUCAAUCAUAAAAGUUUUCUCCGUUAAUCGAAAUUCCUCACAAAAGCCAGACAAUAUAGCAACUAUGAACAGAAACAAAACUUAACCACAGUGAGAGAAUAUCUCCAGAAUUAAUGGAUACAGGACUCACUCCUAUCAUGAUUUCUUCUGGGUUCUUGCCAACUGGGUCUCUGUUGGAGUCUCUGAUUCACAUCUGCAGUGAGGUUUCUUCAAUGGAAAAGCUUCCUUUUGUACAGGUUAGGAAUAUCUCAACCAUGAUAAGAAGAAUCAAACUCCUUUGUUCUUUGUUUGAAGAAAUUCAAGAAACAAACAGUCCACUUCCUCCAUCUUCAAUCCUAUGCCUCACAGAGCUUUUCUCCGUAAUUCGGAGGGUCAAGUUCUUGAUCCAAGCUUGCAAUGAUGGUAGCUCUCUGUGGGCUUUAAUACAAACGGAGCUCAUAUCCAAUCAGUUCUAUGCGUUAGUGAAGGAGAUGGGGAGGGCUCUUGAUAUUUUGCCUCUAAGCUUGCUGAACAUAACGGCAGAUACCAGAGAGCAAGUUGAGCUUCUUCACAAGCAAGCAAAGAGAGUAGAUUUGUCCGUCGAUCCUCGAGAGCUUCAACAUAGAGAAGAACUCCUUCAAAUUAUGGCUUCCACUAAUGCGAAGAACGGAAAGAAUAAAGGGUUCAUUGAUCUUGGAAAAGUGAAGGAAGUAUUGAGCAGCAUUGGGUUCAAAAGCCCAUUGGAUUACCAAGAUGAGCUAUCAAAACUUGAGGCAGAAACAACGAAGCAGGCAGGUACAGGAGGACUAAUAGUUGUUUCCAAUAUAAACAAUCUCAUAUCACUUGUUACCUAUUCAAAGUCCAUGAUUUUCUGUGACGAAGAAGCUGAGAUGAGAAAGGAAAGCUUGAAGCAGCGCUCGGCCUCCAUGAACAGGAUUUAUGAUUACUCUUUGGCUACUCAGUCGAUUCUGUCAAAUAUUCCUGAUGAGUAUCGUUGCCCGAUUUCACUUGACCUGAUGAGAGACCCAGUGAUUGUAGCAUCUGGGCAUACAUAUGAUCGAAACUCGAUCGCUCAGUGGAUCAAUUCAGGUCACCACACAUGUCCUAAGAGCGGACAACGGCUGAUUCACAUGGCUCUUAUACCUAACUAUGCACUGAAGAGUCUGGUGCAUCAAUGGUGCCAGGAAAACAAUGUUCCAUUAAUGGAAUGUUCAUCAUCUCCAUCAUCCUCAAACUUGGAGAGAAGCAACAGCGAAAGGAAACAAAGUGAGAAGGCUGUUGAUCACAUUUCAGCAACAAAAGCUGCUGCAGAUGCUGUCAAAAUGACUGCCGAGUUCUUGGUGGGGAAACUAGCAAUGGGAAACCCAGAAGUCCAAAAGCAGUCGGCUUAUGAGCUGCGAUUGCUUGCAAAAACUGGCAUGGAUAAUCGCAGGAUAAUUGCUGAGGCAGGAGCUAUACCAUUUCUUGUAACCUUACUUGCCUCUCAUGAUCCAAGAAGUCAGGAGAACGCAGUCACUGCUUUGCUUAAUCUCUCCAUCUUCGAGAACAACAAGAUUUUGAUAAUGGCAGCAGGAGCUAUUGACAGCAUAAUAGAUGUUCUGGAAUCAGGAAAAACCAUGGAGGCUAGAGAAAAUGCAGCAGCUGCAAUCUUUAGCUUGUCAAUAGUAGAUGAAUACAAGGUAAGUAUUGGAGCUCGUCCCAGGGCAAUUCCUGGCUUGGUUGGGCUCCUUAGGGAGGGCACAUCAGCCGGAAAAAGGGAUGCUGCCACAGCUUUAUUCAACCUUGCAGUUUAUAAAAGUAACAAGGAAAGUGUUGUGCUUGCCGGGGCAGUUCCUUUGCUUGUUGACCUGUUGAUGGAUAGCAAGGCCGGAAUAACGGACGAUGCCUUGGCUGUGCUGGCUAUGCUAUUGGGUUGCUCUGAAGGGCUGGAGGAGAUAAGGAAGAGUAGAACUCUGGUGCCUCUUCUCAUUGAUCUCCUAAGAUUUGGAUCAGCAAAAGGGAAGGAGAAUUCUAUAACUCUUCUUCUUGGACUGUGCAAAGAUGGAGGGGAAGAGGUUGCAAGACGUCUGUUGAUAAACCCACGAAGCAUUCCAUCCCUUCAGAGCUUGGCUGCAGAUGGUUCCUUGAAAGCGCGAAGAAAGGCUGAUGCCUUGCUUAGACUACUCAAUCGCUGCUGCUCUCAAUCUCACAAUUCUGCAGGAUAAAAAAGAAGGAUCAUUAAAAAGAGAAUUGUAAAUUUGUUGUUAUCAUAAAAGAUACUGGAGUUCAAUUGUUGUAAUUGAAUCUCUAAACACAGUUUGAUUUGAUGAAA